AUGGCCAUUGGUGCCAUGGUGGAGGACCGUGGCCCAACGACAGAGCUGCCCACUGCCCCCCUUCCCUCCCGAGGCGGCGAGAUACAGACUGUGCCAGUUAACCCAAAACCUUUCCUGAACAACCUGACAGGGAACCCAGUUAUUGUCAAACUCAAGUGGGGUAUGGAGUACGGAGGUUAUCUUGCUUCGGUGGACUCCUAUAUGAAUCUCCAGCUUGCCAACACUGAGGAGUACAUUGAUGGGAAAUUCUCUGGAAACCUGGGAGAGAUUAUAAUCAGGUGCAACAACGUUCUGUAUCUCCUAGCCGUUCCAGAGGAUGCAGAGAUAGAGGAUGCAGAUGACAACUACACCUACCGGAUCCGAGCUUAUGAUCUUUUGAGUGAUGAAACAUGA